GAUAUUGCAGUAUCUCUCCGACUUCCACGGGUUACACACACAAUUUAAUAGAAAUUUGGGAUUUUGUAUUGAAGCACCAUUUGUGACAUUUUUUUCCACAAAAAAUUCCGUGUUGACCCGAUAAUUUCUUCGUGAAACUUUUUAUCCCAUUGCGGAGAUUUUGCGCGUUGCGAUGACGUUGCUACCACCUACUGCAGAACAGCUGAAGCGGAUGAACGAGGCGGUCCCGACGGAUCCGGUAGUGAGGAAGCGCGACGUGCUCGCCAUUCGCGAGUGGCUGUCGAAACAGCCUCAUCUGCCUAAUCACAUAGACGACGCGAGGAUCGAAAGAUUCCUAUUUGGUUGCAAGAAUAGCAUAGAGCGAUGCAAGAUGAUUCUAGAGAGAUAUUUCAGCGUGCGUACCGCGAUCCCGGAAUUCUUCGCGGUUCGAGACCCCCUCGCACGUGAAAUCCAAGAAUGCUGCGAAACGAUCCAUUAUUUCGUUUUGCCAUCGCUAACUGACGAAGGACAUCGCGUGACCAUUUUGCGGCUAAGAAACACCGGGAUAGAGAAGUUUUCCAUUCAAGCCAUCUCGAGAAGGAUUCUCAUGGUUCUCGAUACUCGUCUGAUGGAAGAACAGUGUUUGUCAAAUAUCAUGGUCAUCGACCUCGAGGGAUUCAGCGUGGUACAUUUCACAAAAUGCAGCCCGACGCAGAGUAUUGUCCGCAAGUCGAUGCUGGCGGUGCAAGACAGCAUGCCAAUGAGAUUGCACAGAGUCCACUUCCUUCACGCGCCUGCCUUUAUCGAGAGUAUCCUCAAUAUAUUCUAUCCUCUGCUAAAGGAUCGACUCGUUCAGAAGUUUUGCAUUCACACUGGCGGCGGCGAGGAGCUGCACACCUACAUGGACAAAGAUAUACUCCCAAACGAGUGGGGUGGGAAAGCUGGCACUCUCGAUGAAUUGAAUGACGCGUGGAAGAAGAAAAUCGAAAAGAACAGGGAUUGGUUCUUGCGAGAGGAGAAGCUCAGCCGGACAAACGAGAAAGCCCGACUCCCGGAAGCUAAGACGAAACUUCUGGCGGAACUGGACGGAUUACAGGGAUCUUUUAGACAAUUAAACAUCGAUUGAGACCUCCUGAAAAUUCGAAGAAAUUCUUUCUAUAAAAUUACCUGUUAGUUUGUGUUUUAUUUUUGUAAAAUGUUGUAUUUAAGAUUAUACGUUUAACGUUUACGAGGAAAAAGCUAGACCUCCGGAAACGAAAUUAGAUGGACUACAAUUAAACAUCGACCUUUUGAAUCGAUAAAAUUACAUUAGUUUGUUUGUAUUUUACUUUUAAUAGAAUUUCAUGCUGUUUUCAACACUCGUACUCGGGAGUAAUUUGAAACUUGUAAUUUUAUGAGAAACGUUUCACGAGUCCCAACUUAGAUAGCGCCACGGAACGUUUCCGAACUCCGGAACACGUUCCAGUGGAUAUACUCUUGUUCAAAUAGAGACUAACAUUGAUUUUUUAAUCGUAUGAUUUAAUCAUGCGUUGUUUCAUUAUUUUGUAAUUUUUGUGAGGUGUUGAUAAGUAAACUAACUUUUUCUUUUUUUA